GGCGGCUUCCCGGCUGUGCGGGGCGGCGUCACCGGGGCGGGGCGGCGGCUCGCCGGGAAGUUGCGCGCCUCCAAGUUGCUGCCUUGUAAGUAGGGCGACCGAGGAGGCCAGGGCGGGUAGGAGGGGCCGCUCCUGGAACGCCGCUGCCUUCGGGUGAGAAGCUCCGGGGAAGCCCGGCGGCGCCCCUCGCGCUCCCCGCUGGCCCCGGGCAGCCUCCUCCAGUGGGGCCUCUCUCUGCAAACCUAGCCCUCCACCGCCACCACCUUGCCGGCUGCUAGGAGCGAAGGAGCUGGGCGUGGGCUCCAGGAAAAGGUGGUCGACGCAGGGAGGGCGGCGCCGACCCAACGGGUCCCCUGCAAGUGGCAGGUCCAGCGGACCCCGAGCAGCUUGUGAGCACCACCCGGGUGCCGCGUCUCCAGGCCGCCCUUUGCUCCUCCUCCCAUCUCCCGACGGCAGCCUACGACAUGUCCAGAGGCCUGGACUCGGCCGUCCUACCCUCCGCGCCGGGAUCCCGGAGGGCCGCCCCCCGAAGCCUGAGCUGCCUCUCGGACCUGGACGGUGGUGUCUCAGCCCCAGAGCCGCGGGCCUGUCGGCCCCCUGGAAGCCCUGGCCGCGCGCCACCACUUGCACCGGCGCCGUCGGGCUGCGACCCCCGCCUGCGGCCCAUCAUCUUGCGGAGGGCACGCUCCCUGCCCAGCUCGCCCGAGCGCCGCCAGAAGGCCGGGGGCACGGCGGGCGUGGCGUGUCGGCCCGGCUGCAGCCGGCAGCUCCGCGUGCGCUUCGCCGAUGCGCUGGGCCUGGAGCUGGCACAGGUCAAGGUGUUCAACGCUGGCGAAGACCCGGCCGUGCCGCUGCACGUGCUGUCGCGCCUAGCCAUCAACUCGGACCUGUGCUGCAGCAGCCAGGACUUGGAGUUCACCAUGCAGUGUCUGGUUCCCAACUUUGCACCACCCAUCGAAUCGGCCGACUUUGGUGAGCGCCUGCAGCGGCAGCUCGUGUGCCUGGAGCGUGUCACCUGCUCCGACCUGGGCAUCACCGGCACGGUGCGCGUGCGCAACGUGGCCUUCGAGAAGCAGGUGGCAGUGCGCUACACCUUCACUGGCUGGCGCAGUACGCACGAGGCGGUGGCGCGGUGGCGUGGACCUGCGGGCGCCGAGGGCACGGAGGACGUCUUCACCUUCGGCUUCCCGGUGCCGCCCUUUCUGCUGGAGCUCGGCUCGCUCGUGCAGUUCGCCCUGCGCUACCGCGUGGCCGGCGCCGAGUACUGGGACAACAACGAUGGUCACAACUACAGCCUCGCCUGCCGCAACCACGCGCUGCACAUGCCGCGCGGGGAGUGUGAGGAGAGCUGGAUCCACUUCAUUUGAGCCCACGGAGCCGGGAGCCUGGAGCUGCGCACCCAAGCCACGUCUGCGGUGCUUCCCGGCUCUGGACGCCCACCUCUAGGCCGCUGCUCCCCCAUACCUCUCCCCGUAGGUGGUUUGACCUUUCGUGCUGAACCGCGAGGCCACCUGUCUACUACUUGAAAUGUCUCUGCCAGCUGUUCUAAAAUGUAGCCUGUGGGGCG